AUGAAGUCUGAGCAGUCAAAGGAGGAUCCCAAAAAUUCUCUUGUUGAGUACAUUGGUUAUAGCAAUGGUGGUCAGUGUGGGUAUUGUCAGCGAGACGAAACUAAGCACUCUAGUAUAGCCGUUUGGUCUUUCAGUAUUUCCGUAUCGCACUAUAACGGAUUACUUGAUAGAGGCAUGAGAAGGUGUGGGAAGUACAUAUACAAGCCUGUUAUUAAGAACACUUGCUGUCCACAGUAUACGAUCAGACUUGAUGCCAACAAGUUUCGUUUGACAAGAUCACAAAAACGAGCAUUACGACAUAUGAAUGAUUUUCUAUUAAAAGAUAUCCGACCAAGAGUGCAGUUGAAUAAAUUUGCAAGCUCUGUGGAGAGCAAGGCUAUCAAUUCGAAUGAUAGAUUUACCAAAACCGUCGUAGAAAAUUCAGAUCAAACUCGUAAAAAAAGCGGUCGAAAAAAGAAGGACUUUAGAAGACAAAGAGCUUUUAAAAAAAUGCUUGAGAAAGGUAUCGAUAUUGAAGAGGCUCAAAGAAAACGUAAGGAAAAAGAAGAGUCUCGAAGAAGAACGGUGCAUUCAUUCUUUAUUGAUUAUGAUCCAGAAACAUUCAAGCAUAAAUUAAUAGUACGCUUGAUAUCAGUUGAUUCACCUGAAUAUAUUGAAACUUUCACAGAAAGUUAUGCAUUAUUUGAGAAAUACCAGAAAAUUGUUCACAACGAUACCAGUUGCACCAAAUCCAGUUAUCGAAGUUUUCUUGCAGAUUCUCCGCUUUUUAGUGACGAAAAAUGCGAAAACAAUUGUUUACCACUUGGCACAUAUCACCAACAAUAUUAUAUUGACGAACAUUUAAUUGCCGUUGGAGUUUUGGAUAUUUUGCCGCGUUGUUUGUCAGCCAAAUACUUUUAUUAUGACCCUGAUUAUGAAUUCCUUAGUCUUGGAACAUACUCUGCUUUGAGAGAGAUUGCAUUCACACAAGAGCUUUCUAAAGAUAGGCCGCAGCUGCGUUAUUAUUAUAUGGGUUUCUAUAUUCAUUCCUGUCGAAAAAUGCGAUAUAAAGGGCACUUUCAUCCGUCUGAUCUCUUGUGUGAUCGUAGUUUCACUUGGGUGCCUUUGGAAAAAUGUUUGGAAAUGAUAGAAAAGUUCGGUGAACGAGUAGAAGCAUUUAAUCCAGAUGCUCCUGUGGCAGAGACGUGUUCCGUAGAAUCUAUUAGAUGCCUAUAUCAGUCGAAGAUUAUGUCUUAUCAGCAUUUGUUGGGUUUUCCUGGCUUCAAAGAAACUGAAAAAUUCAUGGAAGAAUAUGCUCAGUUAGUUGGACCAAUGGCUCAAGAAAUGCUACUUCAUAGAAAUUGA